AUUGUAACCCGAAAACCAAUCAGAACGUGUUAGGUGACGUGAGGCGGAAAAGUUUAUCGUUGACAGUGGCAGUGGUUUCAGCAGCAUGACAACCCAGGUGAUGAAGAACCCUGAUGAGAUCGCCAAGCUCUUCCGGGAGCAAAGCCAGUUUCCAUCUCUAAGCCGUGCUGACAUUGGUCCAGUGAUAACGACUCAGUACGGCGGGAAGUACAGCAACAUCUACACAGAAUGGAGUCAGCGUGACCUAGAGAGAAACGAACAGGUGAAGUUUUGCCGGCAGUACAUUGUGUUUCACGAUGAUCAGUCCGUUGUCUUCUCUGGACCAUCUGGGAACUGCACAGAGAUCAAGGGAGUGCUGCUAAGCAGAGACUCACCCUCAGGGGACAUGAAAGCUGUGGUCAGAGAAUGUAAUAUCAAAGGAGAGGAGAAACAGUUCCUGGAGAUUUGGCACAAGAACAGCAAGGUGAAGUGUCUCAAUCUCACAGAUCUGAAGAAGCAUGGCAAAGUCUAUGAAGACGAUCAGUUUGGCAGCCUGGUCUGGUCCCACUCUGAAACUCACCUUCUGUAUGUGGCGGAGAAGAGAAGACCCAAGGCAGAGUCCUUCUUCAAGACAGAGUCUCCUGAGUCAAGUCCUGUAGGGGAUGAGGAGGAGGGAAUUAAGGUGGGCAAGAAGGAUGAAACUGUAAAGGGGGACCAAUUUGUGUAUUAUGAGGACUGGGGAGAGACCCUGGUGAGCAAGAGCACUCCAGUUUUGUGUGUGCUGGACAUCGAGGGCAGCAAUGUGUCUGUACUGGAGGGCAUUCCGGACAACAUUUCUCCUGGACAGGCAUUCUGGGCCCCUGGGGAUACGGGCGUGGUGUUCGUGGGAUGGUGGCAUGAACCAUUUCGACUGGGACUGAGAUACUGCCCCAACAGAAAGUCGUCCUUGUUUUAUGUGGAUCUGACAAGUGGAAAGUGUGAUCAGCUGUCCGACUCCAGUGCAGUGUGCUCCCCUCGCCUCAGCCCUGACUACUGCCGAAUUGUUUACCUUGAGUGUGGAGUGUAUGGACCGCACCAACAGUGCUGCAGGCUAUGCAUGUAUGACUGGUACACUAAGAAGACCUCCAUCAUUGUAGAUGUGGUUAACAGACCCGGGGAAGAUGGCUUCACUGGGAUCUACAGCUCCAUGCUGUCUCCUAUGUGCUGGUCGGCUGACAGCCAGCGUGUCCUCGUGUCCUGUCCCCAGCGGAGCCGAAAGGAACUUCUGUUGAUUGAUACCUCUACAGGCAGUGUCACAUCCCUCACCUCCAAGUCGGAUAUGGGGAGCUGGUCCCUGCUCACUGUCCACAGGGACCUGAUGGUGGUUAGCUGCUGCUCCCCAAACUGCCCUCCUAGUCUGGUGGUCCUCACUCAGUGAUUACUGCAGACUGGCUUUUGUCUUCUGCUGUGUAUUGUAAGAUGGGAUUUGCUCUUCUGCUGGUGAACUACCGUGGGUCCACUGGGUUUGGCCAGGACAGCAUCUACUCUCUCCCAGGGAACGUUGGCACUCAGGAUGUGCUUGAUGUUCAGUUUGCCGUGGAGACUGUGCUGAAGCAGGGUUGCUUCGAUGAGCAGAAGGUGUCCAUCUCAGGAGGCUCCCAUGGCGGCUUCCUGGCAUGCCACCUUAUUGGCCAGUUUCCGGACUUCUACAAGGCGUGCAUAACGCGGAACCCUGUCACCAACCUGACUACCAUGAUUGGCAGCACUGACAUUCCAGACUGGUGCAUGGUAGAAGCAGGGCUGGAUUAUAGUCCAGAUACCCAACUUGACCCUGCUGCUUACGGGCAGAUGUUUGACAAGUCUCCUAUGAAACACAUCUCUCAGGUGAAGACACCAGUUCUGCUCACACUGGGAGAAGAUGACAAGCGUGUUCCUCCAAAACAGGGCAUUGAGUACUACAGGGGCCUCAAGGCUCGCCAGGUCCCCGUGAGGUUACUGUGGUACCAAGGCAAUAACCAUUCACUGUCCACAAUUGCCGCGGAGUCCGACGGGUUCAUGAAUAUCGCUUUGUGGAUCAUUCAGCACUGUGGCCUUUAGUAAAAUCAGUCUGGGUGGGCAUCCGUACUCAGCUGCAGUUCCCUUACAUGGGGAAGCGUUGAGGGAGAAGUGGGGAACCAGCUCUGCCUUUCUAUGGGGGGGGGGGGGUGUUUCCCUUUUCUCCCCCCUCCCACACUUACACAUGCCAGACGAUUCAAGCCCUCGGCGCCGACGCUACUUUCAAACCAAAAGAUAUGAAAUGCACUACAGUAUGGAUUAGUAAGGCAGAAGCCAAGACGAGUAGACGAGUAGACGGCAAAAACAGAGGCUUGGUAAGGUGCUCAGCUCUGCUGGGGGAUACUGUGUUAAUUUCUCUAAAUGAAUGUGUUAAUAACUGCGUCAUGCAGAAACAUAAGCCUUUAUCUAAACUGCCACUCUGUAAUUUAUUUUUCUGUCUGACAUGAUUGCCAGAUUUAUGAAGGUGUUAUUCAGCGCGAUGCAACGGUUCAGAGUGAAACUAACCAUUGCUUUUAGCCGAUGACUCCACCCUGCCACAGCAUACGUGUAGACAGAGCAGAAAAAUGUACUGGUUGUCUUUUAUAAAUGGGUUCUGACAUCCUCUGGCUUUUAAUACUGUCUGUGUAGUGUGUUAUCAGGAUGCUUCCAAUAAAAGCUUUGUAAUUUA